AAAAGCAGCAGUAGCUGCUACUAUUUCAGCUCAGCUUCACCUUCAGUGCUAGCAGAUCAUGACGUACAUGUGUUUUUAUCAAAAUUCCAAUUCACAUUUUAGCGUAUUUAGUAUACGAAGCAGAAAUUCUAUACGAAAUAAUUUACCGUCUUGAUUAAGUGUAAAUUCAGGCAAGUGUUUCAAGCGAUUCAUCAACCAUGCCGAAGGGAAAACGCAGAGCAAAAACAUCAGGCGCUGCAUCGAAAAAUCGUAUCGAAGCCUUAGGAACUUCGGAUGAGGACUCUAUGAAUGACAAUGCCAGUGUUAUAAGUCUCCUAUCAGACAGCACUAUCCACGAUGAUGGUGGUAACUUUGGCGAUGAACUGGCGGGGGACGAGCCAUCGCAGGAGGAUCUGUUCGAGGAGAAGCUGUAUGAAGCAAUCGACGGAAUCUCUGAGAAAUCGGCGCAGGGCCGCACCAACAGUCUGCUGGCCGUCGGCACGGCGUUCACCCGCCGCUACGUGCCCCAUCUCAUCAUCGAUAGACGCAUGACACUGGCUGACGGCAUAGAGCGGGCUCUGAAGAAGGGGCGUGGCGCUGAACAGGCGGCCGCCGCACAGUUGGCAGCCCUGCUCUGCAUCCAGCUGGGGGCCUGUGACGUCACCAACCACAUUUGCCAUCAGCUGGUCCCCACACUCACACACAUUGCAACAGACACCAGUAUGGCGCCGCUUGCAAGGGCCAAGUGUUGCUGGGCGUUGGGCGUGCUGAACUACAUCGGAGACACGGACGACACGGCCGGGUCGCUGGUCGUGCUGCAGCAGGUGUUUGCGGGCAGCUACCCGAAGGGGGACGGCAGUCAGCCGACGGUCACAGCUGACACGGCCCAAAUGCAUGCAGCCGCCCUGUCUGCCUGGUCGCUGCUGCUUACCGUCACCGACAGUCACCACUUGCCAUCGUUGGCCCAACUGGCAACUCUGCUGCAGUCGCCGCACCUGGAGGUGCGAAUGGCGGCGGGCGAGGCGAUCGUGUUGCUCGUCGAACAGGAACGCGACACGUCCAACAGUUGCGACGACUUGGACGACCAGUUGGUCGACCAGCUGCGCGACCUGGCCACCGAUUCGCACAAGUAUCGCGCCAAAAAGGAUCGCAAGACGCAGCGGUCCUCGUUCCGUGACAUACUGCGAUACGUCGAGGAAGAUGAACCUCCCAAUAUUCAGAUAAAAUUCGGCAAGGAGAUGCUAACAUUGGAUACGUGGAGUCGUAAGAAACAGUACGAUGUUCUCUGUCAGGUCCUUGGUUCUGGCAUGAAUCUUCAUCUAGUUGAAAACGAUCUGCUGAGAGACAUUCUGCAGCUGGGUGAGAGAAUCUCGCCUCUCAAUCUGUCGGCACAUAAACAGUCCAAACUAGAACGACACCUGAUGAAUGCGGCCAACUUCAAAGCGCGUAGCAUAUCGAGAGCUAAAAACCGGGACAAACGUACGGCUGUCAUUUAAUUAAUCCACCUCAAAUAGGAAAAUUUCAUCUUAAAAUUCACGAAAAAACUACAAAAAAAAUAUUUUUAAUUAUACUGUAAAUUUUACUUUGAGUUAUCAUCCAACUCGUAAUUACAUUAUACUAUUUAUUUAUUUUAAUAUGUUUUUGAUUUUGUUUUAAUUAUCCUAUGAGAGUCACUUAGAACUGUUAGCAUUCUGUUUAAAUCAAAUCAAUGCUUCAAUUAUGAAUAAUUAAUAAUUAAACGAAAAUCCAAAUUAAAUGCUGUAAAUCACCCCGAAAACUUCUGCUACUACAAAUAUUUUUUUCGUUCAAUAAUUAUUAAUUCAUUUGCAUUUGAAUAAAUGCAAUUUCUCAGUAAUUUCCAUCUCUGUAGACUGGCUGGCCGCUAUGGCUUCGUAUAAAAUGAGCGCUGCUAUCCAGAGAUUGUCAGUUUGGUGUAAGGGUAAGCAUUCCUGACCGGCAAUUAGGAGGUACCAGGUUCGAUUCUCGGGCUGGCAAAUAAUUUUUGAAUUAGCAGGAUUUCCAUCUAGCUGUUUACCCUGUUAUUAAUAUUUGCAGUAGCAGAAGUCUUCAGGGUGAUUUACAGCAUUUAAUUUGAAUUUUCGUUUAUUAAUAAUUAUUCAUUCAUUAGCAUUUGAAUAAAUAAUGUAAAUUAUUAUCACAGUAAUUUCCAUCAAUUCUUCCUAUGAAAGCAAUGCUAAAAAUGGUGACAGCUCAAAGUGAAUCUCAUAAUGGAUAAUUUAUUGUUGUGUCUGCUAGGAAAUUAGAAUUAGGUUCUAUAGUGAGGUCCACGUUUUAAUGGCAGUGUUUGAUUAGAAAUGAUAUUGUUACCCUUGUCUAUUAUUCAACAAAGCGGAUAGCGCUAUCUCUUUCUCGCUUUGCUCUGUUGCCAGAUAGUCUUUCAACAAUGUAGAAUUAAUAAUUAAAUAACAAAAUAUUUAAUUUUGAUUAUGAAAAUUCAUUAUGAAAUCAUUGAAAAAUAUAAUUUCUUGCUUGAUUAUUCUAAACGAGAGAGAACAGUUGAUAUUACAUCAAUAAACCUGUAUCAGUUACCCUCCAUAGAAGGCAUUGACAAGACAGAGGAUCGGCAAUGUUGUUCUCCUAUCUUUCUCCACUGCCAUUAUAACGUGGACCUCAUUAUAGGUUUGUUGUGAAAUUGUUGAGUUGAAAAAUUACAAUACUAGAAAAUUUGUUAUUUAUCUAGUUAUGUAUUAAAUUUAUUUUCAUAUUUUGAUUAAAUGACAAAUUUGA